AUGUCGGACCGUGCUGCGGAAUACAAAAACACCCUACCUCUUCAGACCCCUGAAGGCAAGAUCGAAGAUCGUCAUGCAUCAGCCUUACCUUCAGCAUCUGUAUUCCAAGCGCUCGAUGCCUCGGAUCAAGACGACGCACUGGCUUCACAGCAUGCUCUGCACUUGCAGCCUUUGUCACCAUUGACGCUAGGCGAGCUUGGUCUUCAGCCUCCCGAAACUCCAAGUGCUUUGAUCGAUAUCACCCCAAGCACAACUUCGAUGAUUCAGAGCAGCGUAUCCCUCAACGACCGGUGCGCAACUAAUCGCGCUCACCUGAAUCGACGCAGCACUGCUCCUGUAGCAAGACUCGGCGGAUCAGAUGUAAGCUCGAGCUACGGUGAAAGAGGGGCGCAAGCAGGGAAUGCAUCCCACUUCACCAGCAGCAUGGCUUCGACAGACGCAUCCGCCGGCGGGCCUUCCGAGAGCAUCGCAGAUCCCCUCCUCGCCAAGUUUCUCCAGAGUCUCGCCGAUGACGGAUCGACAUUGACCGAAACCACCUCGACAACAGCAAGCUGUGACGAUCUCGAGUCGUCGCUGCCGUCGCUCCUUCCUACCUCUACUGCUCCAAGGCCAGGGUUCGUCUUGGAUCGCUUCGCUUCCAUGCGGAACUCUACUCCAGCUUCCAUGCGGAACUCUACUCCAAUACGAGCGGCCGAGAUGCAACGGACAAGCCUUGGCAGCACUGGUCCAAUGCGGGAUAGUCAUGGACAGCUCCCCUUUCAAAAUUCAAGAUACGUGGAUCCCUUCUUGUCGGCGGAACUUGCCGCUGAGCGUGUCCCAAACGCUACCACCUGUGGCGAUGCGACGUCUCAACCUUCGUCAUACCCUUUGGCGUCCUCCGGCCACCUCUCGACCAUGUCAGAAUGUCAUCUCAGCUUCAAGCCAUCGGAACGAUUCCACGCCUCACCCAAGAAGAGAAAGCGCAUAGUCCCCUCGGGACUUGAAGACACCAUUCGUGAUCUGUCCGCAAAGGAGCACGCUUCAAAACCACCUUGGUCGCUCGAUCUUGCAAGUCUCUCGCGGCUGGCUUUACCCCAGGCACCACCUCUACAGCCUCUCCACCGAUAUCCAUCGCAGAUUCUCGAGAGCGAUGGACGCUACGAUUCGGAUCGCGACAUGGAUCGCGACUCGGAAGCUGGAUUUCAGCUCGGCACCAAGCCCUUCUCGAGUGACCUUGCUAUCGGACCCGGCGACUCUGAUCCUCGUUCGUCGAUGACGCGCGCGCUUUCUUUGCAGACGAACGCUGAUGGCAGUCGCAUGGCGGAAAGCGCGCCGGCGCCUACCAACGUGGGCAGCCCUGCGGACCGAUUGCACUCAGCUCCUGACCCGGUGAGGGUAACAAGCGGGUCAAUCUCUUCGCGAGCUGCGUGCGAAGCCUCUGGCGGAAAAGCCGGUCCACCUGCUCGGACCAGCAGCGCUUCUAAAAGCAAGCCCACAACAACUGUGCACGACUCGUCAGGCAAGGCUUCCCAGCAUUCUCCUACUUCUCAAGAUCGUUCCGCCAGCGGUACCAGCUCGAGCUUCACACGCAAGGUCCUCUUCGAUUUUAUCCGACGGACCAACCUGCAGAGGCCCGUCAGCCCGUCCUCGGCGGGUACGAUCCGGUCCUCCUCCGACUCGUUCCCAAGAUCAGCGGAAUCUUCGCCGGUAGAGCUGCUCUCCAAAAAAUCGUCCCGACCCCUAUCUUCUAGCUGGCCGUCUACGGUACCUGCCGAGCUUCAAGCGCAUCUUCAGAACUGGCAGCAACAGCGCAAAAGGUCGAAGCCCAGCUCAGCAAGUCAAGAUGAGGCGGCGACGUCAUCAUCCUCCGGCCACACGCGGAGAGCACCAGCAGGCAAAAUCUCGCCACCGAGUCAGAAGGAGAGGAAGGAAGCACCGUCGAAUGCGCGCAGAGCGGUGGACAGCGAGCUAGAAAAGAAGACGCAGAGGCAGGAGCAGUACCAGCGGCUGCUUCAGCGGCUCCAGGCCCAAAUGCGCUCGAGCAUGCAGCGGGAGAGGGAUAAGAAGAAGCAGAACAUCCUAGAGAUGGGCAUGGGAGGAGACGAGGAGAGGAGAGAAGUACGCGACGCCCAGGAGCGCGACUGGAAGCAGGAUGCGUCUGCAAAGAUGGAUUCGCUCGGUCAUCCAAAGACGCCAAGUCCGCUGCUGUCGGGAGCAGCUGGUAGCAAGUCCAGGCCGACAUCGUCGAAAAGGAGCUCGGAUGACGCGGGGCUGUGCUCACGCUCGAAUCAGAAGAAUCAUCGCCAGAGCCAGGAUACGAAGGAUGAAGCUCCCACCCCGGCGGAUCAGCUUCAAGAGGUCGUCUUGAACCAAGUUGCUGGGCCAGCCGGCCGCUCCACCCUCGCCAUCGGUCCGUCGGACAUUCCAACUCCAGUCGGUAAGAGUCCACGAGCAGCAAAAGGGGCUGAACCAGGGCGAACUCUGUCGCCCAAGAAGCCAGUAGGAACGUCUCGGGCGAUCGAGUCCCCAUUUCCACUGCCGAAGACUCCGUAUACUCAAUAUCAGCAGUCGACGCCUCAUCCGACAUGGGGGCAGCAAUCAUCCCUUCCCUUUCGCGGCUUUGAGUGGAGCCAUGCGUGGAUGCCCUCUCCCUUUGGCGCAGCUGCAUAUCAAGGCACGCCGCCCAUGUUGGGUCCGCCGGGGUGGAUGAAUAUUGCGCUCACAGGGGCACUGGGAUGCUCGCACAGCCCCGAGCUCAUGCAGAGCCUGGCGAUGAAGCAUCCCAACUGGCGUCAAGACUUUCGAGCCUCCUUGACACCGGCUGUCGUCGCGCGCGAAUCGUUUGCGACGAUGCCCACGCUCAGCAAGGGGGCACUAGAGACGGGUCUGUCGUCGGUCUUUGCAUCGUGCAUUGAUCCGCGCGCGAUAAGCUGCCUGACAGCGACAGAAACGACCGUGCCGUCGCCUGCGGCUGUAAAGCGGCCGUUCUCACCGGGAGACCGUGUGGUCUUUUGGGCGGUCAAGGGGACAGCGUCGGUCAAGCUCAAGGGUGUGGUAGAAAGUAUGGCAGCUGAUACGGCAGAUAUCACAGUAGAGACGGCCGGUGACGAGUCGCUGAGAGAGCAAAACGUUCACGGAGGCAAAUUGGGCACGCAAGCGGUCAGCCACCAGGAAGAACCAGUCACCACAUGCCAGGUCUAUCGCAACAUAUCGUGGAGCAACAUUGUGCCGCGGCAGCAAGCGAUCGCUUUGCACUUUCUGCGCGCCGACGAAAAAAAUCGGAAACCGGGAGUUGGAUCGACAGGGACGCGUAUGCUGGGCAAGCUGGCAGUGAGGGCGUGGAGUGAUCUUGUGUUUCUCCACUUUGUGGCCGAGCCGCACGCGCCGUCGAGUUACUUUGCACACCAUCAUCAUCCUCACCCUCCCCCCGCGCACUCAGCACCUUUUCCAGCGCUCGCACUCGACACAUUUACGACCAACACAUCGGCGUACCAUCUUAAAGCGAUAUUUCUAGGGAUGACGUCGUUGGGAGCGAUGCACAAGGCUUUGGUGGCGGCGUUUUCGUCGCCAGCCUCCAAGCCCGAGGAGGUUCGAACGCUGCUCACCAAGCUGAAGAUCGCUCUUACAGAGCACAAUCUGCUGGUUCCCUCGGUGGCAUCUUCUGUGUCCAAGGCGGAUUUGGAGUUGGCAAGGUCGGUGUUGGAGAUGGGGGCGUUCUACUCGGUUCGAAUUGGCGACAUUCCCGGAUUCGAUCGAUACCUUUCGCUGCUCACGCCUUUUUACGACACCACCCUCUCGGCUUCGGACAACUACGAGCCGCUGCUGGGAUUGAGGCUGUUGCGACUGCUCAGCUCGAACCAGAUCUCGGCCUUCCACACGUUGAUCGAAACGCUGCCUACGGACUUGGUCAACAAAAGCACUUUCCUCCAGCACCCUGUUAGUCUCGAACGUUGGUUGAUGGAGGGAAGCUAUUCCAAGGUGUGGAGACUCAGUAGGGAAAAGCCCCCGCAGCACGAAUAUGCCUUCUUUGUGGAUCUGUUGAUGGACAUGAUUCGAAACGAAAUCGCCAGCUGUGAGGAGAAGGCUUACGACCAUCUCGCCCUGCACGACGCUGCGACGCUGUUGUUCUUUGAAAACUUGGAUCAGGUCCUUGCUUUCGCCCAAACCAGAGGAUGGCAAGUCAACCCUUCAACACAGGUGGUCUCGUUCACCUCCGCCGAUGCCGCACACUCGGCCAACGCGAUCCCCAAGAAAGCGACGAUCGCAACCAACCUCGUCUUUGCAAAGGAACUCGAGUCGAUCGUCUAA